GUAAGAAAGAUGCAGAAAUUGCGAGGCUCAGAGCAGAACUUAAAGCUUUAGAGGAGGAAAAAGCUAAACAAGCAGGUGGGAUAGAUGAUAUGGAUGAACACGACAACGAUGACGAGCAGAACGACGAAGAAUAUCACACACCGUACAUGCAGGAUGUGUUACUUUGUUCACAUAAUAUUCAUAAUGUGGUGGCAGAGGGUGUUAUCAUUGAUGGGGUGGGUCCACUGACUAUUCAUGGUGUUCAACUGACAGACGAAUACGCGAGUCACCAAAAUGUUACAAGAGGAUGCUGAAAUCCCAUGUUCUGUUGGGGAGAUACGCUAUGUUCGAGAUACUUAUGACGUAUUCAUUCCUAGGCCAAAAUAAUUAGUUAUGACUGAUCAGGGUCUUCUAAAAAAGAAACCUUCUAUGUCAAAAAGCUCAUCCAAGGAUAAGACGACCCAUAAUUCUCUGACUAGCCCACAUCUGUCAUCAGCUGGGUCUCACGUCAAUCCAGAAAACACUCUGACCGAAGGCCAACCAUUUGCCGAUCACAUCAUGAAUUGCAUCCAUAUUAGCCUUCAGUUUAUGGUGAGAGAAUUUUGCAGAGUUAAGGGAAUGAACACAGUCGUCUCAAUUCCAGUGGACCCAUCAUUCAUGAAUCGCGAGUCAAUCUUUAUAACUUCAAAGGAUGUGGAACAAGUUGCUACUUUGCAUAUGAUUGGAGGCUCAGCAAUGAUAUUCGGAUUAAGAUGCAUUUGGGAGUCCUUAUUUCCAAAUCAGCGUGUCUUUUACAAGUUUUUUGACAUUGAGCGUCUUAGCAUUAAUAAUGUUAAUGAUGUAGAACGAUCAACCAUUGACUUGGCAAAUUGGUUGAUGACCAUGGAUAGAGAUUGUCAACUAUACUUUAUACCUUGGAACAUACGGGAACAUUGGAUGUUGGUGAUUGCUAUGCCAAAAGGAAAAAUCGUGUUCUUGGAUCCACUGAAAGCACACAAACGUCCUGAAGAAAUUGAUUCAAUGAUAAUGAGGUAAGUUUUAAAUUUUUGAAAAUAUUUCUUAAUAUGCAACAACUAUUACAUGUUACUGCAUUUUAAUAACUUUUGUUAAAUUUUUUUUUAAAUAGUGCAUAUUAUAAGGUUUCUUCUAAUGAAUUACUCGGCAAUCCUACAAAGAUAUUCAAUGUUUCAUGUCCAAGACAACCACAAAGUCAUGAAUGUGGUUUUUAUGUGUUGAAGUACAUUAGAGAUCUUGU